ACCAACAAGACCGAAAAAAACAUGUUCAGGCUCAACAGAACCAUUGCCACUCCCAAGCUAUGGAACAAAAGGAAAUCCCAACAGCAACAACAACAACAACCACGCAGAUCUCCAUUCUUUUUCCUCUCACUCUUUCUCCUUUCUAUCCUCUUUUUCUUCUUCCUUACUUACACUUUCAUCCCCAAAUCCCUCUUCUCAAACUCUUCCAAAACGAUAAACGAAGCCCUAUACCCCCAGUACACACAUUGCAAAACCCAGAUUCCAGGGGAGAAAUUCUUGUGGUAUGCUCCUCAUAGCGGGUUUAGUAAUCAGCUUUCUGAGUUCAAAAAUGCAAUUCUAAUGGCGGGUAUUUUGAACCGUACCUUAAUUGUCCCUCCUAUUCUUGAUCACCAUGCCGUAGCUCUUGGUAGCUGCCCUAAGUUUAGGGUUCAAAGUCCUAAAGAGAUCCGGCUUUCCGUUUGGGAUAAUGUCAUUGAACUCCUUAGAAGUGGGAGGUAUGUCUCCAUGGCUGAUAUCAUCGAUAUUUCCGCAUUACUUUCAUCUUCACUUGUUCGAGCCAUAGAUUUCAGGGUUUUUAUGUCCUUGUGGUGUGGUUUGAACAUGGAUUUGGCUUGCUCCUAUGAAUUGAAUGCACGUCUGUCUAUGGUUGAUAGCCUAAAGCAAUGUGGCUCUCUUCUCUCUGGGAAUGAUGGUAAUAUAGAUCAGUGUUUAUUUGCUGUAGAUGAAGAUUGUAGAACAACAGUUUGGAUGUACCAAAAUGAAGUGAAUGGGGCGUUAGAUUCAUUCCAACCUGACGAACAACUCAAGAAAAAGAGGAAAAUUUCAUAUGUUAGGAGACGUAGAGAUGUAUAUAAGACUCUUGGACCUGGUAGCGAAGCAGAAUCAGUCACUGUUCUGGCAUUUGGAAGCCUUUUUACAGCCCCAUAUAAAGGUUCAGAGCUCUAUAUUGAUAUCCAAAAAGCACCAGGAGAUCCGAGGAUAAAAUCUUUAAUUAAAAAGAUCGAGUUCCUUUCAUUUGUCCCCGAAAUUAUAAACUCGGGAAAGGAGCUUGCUGUUCAGACAAUAAAGGCUCCUUUUUUAUGUGCACAGCUUAGGCUGCUAGAUGGGCAGUUCAAGAACCACUGGAAAGCUACUUUUUUGGGUUUAAAACAAAAAUUAGAUUCAUUAAGGCAGACAGGUUCUCGACCAAUCCAUAUCUUUGUGAUGACUGAUCUCCCUCAAGGCAAUUGGACUGGAACUUACUUGGGUGCUUUGGCUAGGGAUUCAGCUAAUUUUAGGCUGUAUUUCCUGAGAGAAGGAGAUUUGUUGGUGACGAAAACGGAGAAGAAACUGGCACUUGCAGGACAUGGCCUGAGGUUUGAAUCUGUUCCUGGCAGUAUGGUUGCAGUGGCUAAGUUGGAGAAACAUUGCUCUCCUGAUAUAUUCCCCGAUGUACUCCUAUACAUAGAGGAAACAGUUUGCAGUUGUGCAUCACUUGGUUUUGUUGGGACUGCUGGGUCAACAAUAGAAGAGAGUAUUGAGGCUAUGAGAAAAUUUGGCACAUGUUACAACUCCAACUCAGACAGCAAUGUGACAUAUAUUCGUUUAUAGCUCACUUGAUGGAAUAUAACUGGUUGUUAUGUAUGUUGAAGUCCCUAACUUCCACAUCAGCUAGUUUGUUUAUUGUCAUACCUAAGGGACUGUGCUCCUGGCCACCUGUGAUUCUGCCCAUGCUUGCUUCUUAUUCUUUGGAUAAAUCGGGUUCAAGAUAAACCUAAAUCCUAAACCACAAUCAAUUAACUAUUAGGAUUUUGCCUACUGCUAUCAAUUAAACGGUAGGACUUUCAUAUCUUGAGCAUUUAUCGUUUAUUUUAUUAAUGCUUUGUCACAAGUCUAUUUUGCAUUAGUAUUAAUAGUAUUUCAUCACCUACGAUUUUUUUUUUCUCAUUCUGCCACUUUCAAACAUGACAUGAAAGUGACAUUUAUAUUAUUUUAGCUAUUACAAUAUUAUUAUUAGUAUGCUCCUGCAAUCACCAAGAAACAUGUUUAUUGUUUAAGGCAAGAAAACAAAAGCCACACAGUGUCAUAGAAGAUGUCAUCAAGGCGAUAACUACAAGGUAAGGAUUUUUUUUUUUUCAAAUUUAUAGA